CCUACAAGGAAAGAAUCGUUGCAGUUUGGUGUUGGAACGCCUUCAAUAAAAUCUCAUUUUAGGGUUUUUCUCUGAUCAAAUUCCAUCGAAGAAAAAUGACUACCGAAUACCCAGAUAGUCUCAAGAAGUUCUUCAACGAAUUAGAAACUCGUAGAACCCUACUCACUACCAUCACCGAGACCCACAACAAACUAAUCAAUAAUUUCAUUUCUUUAGAUGAAACCCUCACAAAGAAAUCACAAACUCUCGAUACCCAGAUUCAGAAUUUCAAGAAACACACCGAGAAAACCCUCGAAGCUCUGCGAGUCCGUGAGGAUGACAUCCCUCAGAAGGAAGUUACUUUGGCAGCCCGUGUGGAACAGCUAAAAGAUUCCGGGAUUAGGUAUAUUGAAAAGGGCAAUAAUUUGGAUCCGGAGGACGAAACAACGUCGGGUUUGUUGAGAAUUUGGUUUAGGAGAAUGGAUUCCACAGGUUUGGUGAAGUUUCUGUUAGCAAAGAGGAAGGAGUCGGUGGCCGUGAGGGCGGAGAUAAUGGCGGCGACGGAGGAAGCUGUGGAUUUAUUAGCGUUUGUGUUGGAUGCUGUUGAGGAGUUUGUUGAGUUGAAAUUGAGUGGGUUAAAAGUUAAAGGGAUGGCAGAUAGGCGGUGGGCUUGUGGGAUAUUGAUACAGGCGGGUUUGCCAUUGCGUUCGUCCCAAAUURGUGGUGGUGGGGUUGCAACGAGUUUGAAGGAGAGGGCAACGAAGGUGUUGGAGGUUUGGAAGGGGGUUUUGGGUGGUGGUGAAGGUAGUGGUGGGGUGGGUUCAGGAGAAGCUACAAUGUUCUUGCAAAUGGUGAUUGGGUUUGGAUUAAAACUGAAGUUCGAUGAAGAAUUUUUGAGGCAGUUGGUGAUGGAGUUUGCAAGUAGGAGGGAGAUGGCAAAGCUUGCAGUAGCUUUAGGUUUUGGAGACAAAAUGAAAGAUAUGAUUGAAGAGUUGGUGAAGACAGGCAAGGAGAUCGAGGCCGUUUAUUUUGCUUCCGAGGCUGGGUUGACGGACCAGUUUUCUCCAGUCACACUACUCAAAUCCAGUAUUAAGAGUUUUAAGAAAAAACCUUCAAAGGAUAUAUCUUCAUUGGACGAUAUCAACAACGAAUUGAGUGUCAUCAGAACAAUUAUGAAAUGUAUUGAGGACUUCAAACUCGAAUCCCACUUCACCAGCGACAACCUGCAGAAGCGGGUUAAUGAGUUGGAGAAGAUAAAAUCAGAUAGGAAAAGGUCUGGCCCAGCAUCCACAAGCAAGCCGUCAAGCAAGCGGCACCGCAGCGAAAGGAGUGGCGGCGGCUCAUCCCGACCUCCUAAAUCCGUCAGGUUAGCAAUGUCUGCCCGCCAAAGAAACCACCCUGCACCACCAACACACCAGUCUUCUGCUGCCAGAUUCUCUGCACCAUAUAGCUACACCAACCCAAGUGUGUAUGAGGGUACCCCUAACUCGGCCGCAUAUGGGGUUGGUUAUGGCAGCUAUGGUGUGGCCCCCUCCCAAAGCCCAGCCAGAUACGGGGUUCAGUAUGCGAACCCCGGUCAGGAUUACGGUAGUUAUGAUUAUGGUGCUGCCGCUGCAGCUGCAGCUGCACCUUUGGUGCCUACUUACCCUGCCACAUAUCAACAUUAGUUUGCAAUUUAGAGAAGAAAAGGUUUAUGAGUUUUUUGUACUUUAGCUUCUGAUUUCUAAGAAAAGAAAUGGUGGUCUAUGGUUUGUUAGAUUAUUGUAUCAUUUAGUAUAACCAUCUUAUAACUCCCUACUUGAAUGGUUGGUUAUACAAUCGUUCAUUUUUCAGUUCCUUC